AGCCCGGGGAGGGACUAAGAAACAAUCCUCCCAUGCGCUUUCCUCCCACCCUCGGGCCACUGAGACGGAGGCACAGAGAGCCGCCCCCGCGCGGCCGAGGCCCCGCCUCCCGCUCGCCGCCCGCGCCUCCAGCGGAAGCCGGAAGCAAAAGCGGGUCCUGCUAGCCCCGCAGCUCCGAACUCGGUGGCCCUGGAAGCUCCGCUGGAUGGGGGAGAAGAUGGCGGAAGAGGAGAGGUUCCCCAAUACAACUCAUGAGGGUUUCAAUGUCACCCUCCACACCACCCUGGUUGUCACGACGAAGCUGGUGCUCCCGACCCCUGGCAAGCCCAUCCUCCCCGUGCAGACAGGGGAGCAGGCCCAGCAAGAGGAACAGUCCAGCGGGAUGACCAUUUUCUUCAGUCUCCUUGUCCUAGCUAUCUGCAUCAUAUUGGUGCAUUUACUGAUCCGAUACAGAUUACAUUUCUUGCCAGAGAGUGUUGCUGUUGUUUCUUUAGGUAUUCUCAUGGGAGCAGUUAUAAAAAUUAUAGAGUUUAAAAAACUGGCGAAUUGGAAGGAAGAAGAAAUGUUUCGUCCAAACAUGUUUUUCCUCCUCCUGCUUCCCCCUAUUAUCUUUGAGUCUGGAUAUUCAUUACACAAGGGUAACUUCUUUCAAAAUAUUGGUUCCAUCACCCUGUUUGCUGUUUUCGGGACGGCAAUAUCUGCUUUUGUAGUAGGUGGAGGAAUUUAUUUUCUGGGUCAGGCUGAUGUAAUCUCUAAACUCAACAUGACAGACAGUUUUGCGUUUGGCUCCCUAAUAUCUGCUGUUGAUCCAGUGGCCACUAUUGCUAUUUUCAAUGCACUUCAUGUGGACCCCGUGCUCAACAUGCUGGUCUUUGGAGAAAGUAUCCUCAACGAUGCAGUCUCCAUUGUUCUGACCAACACAGCUGAAGGUUUAACAAGAAAAAAUAUGUCAGAUGUCAGUGGGUGGCAAACAUUUUUACAAGCCCUUGACUACUUCCUCAAAAUGUUCUUUGGCUCUGCAGCACUCGGCACUCUCACUGGCUUAAUUUCUGCAUUAGUGCUGAAGCAUAUUGACUUGAGGAAAACACCUUCCUUGGAGUUUGGCAUGAUGAUCAUUUUUGCUUAUCUGCCUUAUGGGCUUGCAGAAGGAAUCUCACUCUCAGAAACGUGUGUGUUUGCAUUUCUUGGCCUGUCCAUUUUUAGUUUUCCUCACAAGUUUGAAAUUUCCUUUGUCAUCUGGUGCAUAGUGCUUGUACUAUUUGGCAGAGCGGUAAACAUUUUCCCUCUUUCCUACCUCCUGAAUUUCUUCCGGGAUCAUAAAAUCACACCGAAGAUGAUGUUCAUCAUGUGGUUUAGUGGCCUGCGGGGGGCCAUCCCCUACGCCCUGAGCCUGCACCUGGACCUGGAGCCCAUGGAGAAGCGACAGCUCAUCGGCACCACCACCAUUGUCAUUGUGCUCUUCACCAUCCUGCUGCUGGGUGGCAGCACCAUGCCCCUCAUUCGCCUCAUGGACAUCGAGGAUGCCAAGGCACGCCGCAGGAACAAGAAGGACGUCAACCUCAGCAAGACAGAGAAGAUGGGCAACACUGUGGAGUCGGAGCACCUGUCGGAGCUCACAGAGGAGGAGUACGAGGCCCACUACAUCAGGCGGCAGGACCUCAAAGGCUUCAUGUGGCUGGACGCCAAGUACCUAAACCCCUUCUUCACUCGGAGGCUGACGCAGGAGGACCUGCACCAUGGACGCAUCCAGAUGAAAACUCUCACCAACAAGUGGUACGAGGAGGUACGCCAGGGCCCCUCCGGCUCCGAGGACGACGAGCAGGAGCUGCUCUGACGCCAGGUGCCAAGGCUUCAGGCAGGCAGGCCCAGGAUGGGCAUUUGCUGCCCACAGACACUCAGCAGGGGCCUCGCAGAGGUGCGUGCAUCCAGCAGCCCCUUCAGGACUCCAGACAUAGAGGGCGGGGCGAGGUACUGGCUGCAGAGUCACCUUAGUCCAGAACUUGCCAGACCUCUGGAGCCAGGUGACUUCUUGGGAAACUGUCAUCUCCCCAGUCCUCCCUGAGCCAGCCUCUGCUCAGUGUGGCUCGUCGGCCCACAGAGGGGAGGGAGCACGGGGCCAGGUGCCAGUCGUCUGUGAAGCUGGGGCACCUACCCCGCCACCUGGAGGACCCCUGUGGCCCCCUGCCUAGAGCACCAUCUACAGGUGUGCCAUUCCCCAGCCACUGCCUUCAUCCUGCCCCCGCCGGACUGACAGAGCCAGGGGUCAGCCACCUGCCUUUGAGUCAUCAAGAUGCCUCUGCAGCCACAAUUCUGACCUAAGUGGCAGGGCCCAGAAAUCUUGAAAACCUCCCGCUGCCCUUUGUGGUACUUCCUGUGCUCCCUCAGAGAGAGGGAGAGAAACGGAGUGACCUUUUUUCCUUUGCUUGAUUGGCACUUCUCAGCCUGUCUCCCUGGACAGCAGGCGGCUGCUGCCCUUCUCUGGGCAUCUUCUGAAUGUUUACACUGGUACCUUCUGGUAUCUUCUUUAGAGCCCCCUGCAAGCUGCAACCCAAGGCUUUUAUCUUGCAGGGUCAGAGCGCCCUCUAGAGGGAAAAGCUAGAGGCACAGGGUUUCUGCUGGCCCGCAACUGCUGUCUUAAUUAGGUUUAAAUUCAUGCAUUUUACAGCAAAGUGCUGAGAGCCUCGUAGUUACCUCCUGCCAUCUGAUCUCCCUCCCCACCAUUCCCAUACUCAGUUGUUCUUUUGUCUAACCGGAGGCCACUGUGCCGAGGCCCUGCAGUGUCUGCUCACUGCUGCCAUCUUCGCUGCUAAUCAGGGUUCCAUCCUCUUUCCCCUCUCCCAGUUCCCCACCACGUUGGAUCCCAUUUGUCACCCAUGCUAGGGUCCCCAAAGCACUGGGGCAGGGGCCAGAGCAGCAGCACCCAGUGCUCCCCUCUCCCACCCCGACCUGGAGUCAGAAGCAGAUGCUCCACGCACACACACCCCAGCCCUGUCCCAGGGGCCCGGCCUCCUCAGCCAUCUCAGGGUGAGGAGCUGUCAGUCAUGUCCAGAUGGAAUGGAGUCGCUGACUCGCAUCCUUUCCUCACCUCCCCUUUGACAAGCCUCAAACUGCUCAGUUCAUCGAAGGGCCAUUGCCAACUUCCGUAUGUGGUUCUGGGUCCCAGGGAGCCUUGGAACCUGGCCCCCUGGGGUGGUUUAAUUCACCAUGUGCAUUCCUGCUUCUCUGGGGACACGGUGGGCCAGCAUGGUCCCUGGGCUGGAGCAAACGCGUCUCCAUCUCUUCCACCUCAGACGGUGUGGCUCCGGAUAUCAGGAGGGACUGACCUCAGGACCUGUGCCAGGAACAAGAGGCCAGGCCCGAUGCUGCCACCGCGCCUUGCCCCUGAAGUGAGAGCAGGCCAGCCGGGCAGGAAGCACGCUGUUUACUUUUUGCAUGAAAAGUAAAUUUGUACUUGAUAGAGCUAAAAUAUGAUCUUUUUAAAUUUCUCGACCCCAUAAUUUGAGCCAUUGCCUUGCUUAAUUUUGGUCUCCACCAUUUCCUUCUAGUGGAGAAGAGAGGAAGUCAGAGGGUGGGGACCUUUGCCUGCCCCUGGGCGAGUGGGGGCAGGGAUCUGAGACCAGAUUGUUCUUGCACCCCUGCCAGAACUCACUCUCGCCUGAAGUUUAGGGUCCCAUCUCCCAGAUGUAAGUUGCUUUGCAAUCAGUUGUUUGCCAGGAUUUCUUUCUUUCCUAAUCUUAAAUUCACAGAUAAAGCAAUGAAAAGAGUCAGAUCCCAUUUCCGUCUGCCCCCUCGCCGCCAGGUCUGAUAGCCCCAGCCACGCCACACCUGGCCUCAUGCUUUCAGCUGAGACCUGAAAAGGAUACUGUGGCGGAAGAGCAUGUGGGGCUUGGUGGGGGGGCCCUAGGGUUUGUGGGUGGCAGAGGGGGUGGUGGGACCUUUCCCAGGAGGUACCAGCACCUGCCUCGAUCUCCUGUGAGCCUCGUCUGCCCCCAGGCGGCCAGGUGAGGUCAGCAGCCUGGGAGAGUGCCCCCAAGAGAUGAGGGCACCCCGUGUUCCUUGGCAGUCUUGACUCGCCUUGGUAACAAAAGGCCAUAGAAGUCUGUUUUUCUGGGUCAGUUUUUUUCAAAUGUCUUUGCCUGAGAAUAACAAAUUGCUGCUGUCUACCUUUAGCACACCCGAUAAUUCUAUUUGGGGCAGUGAAUGUGCAGAAGAUAUAAAAAUAUGCAGCUUAACUAUAUCUUCCUGCAUGUGUAUUUAUUUUCUUCUGGGUCUAGGCCGUGGGACAGGAGAACUGUGGCGUGUAGGAGGAAUACUUCAGGGUGAGUGAAGGCUGGAGCCAGGGAGCGCUGGGGAAACCAGCCUUUAGCCAGCAGUCCCUCCACCACAGGCGCUGCCGUGGUGGAGCUACUCAAGAACCAGUUCUUGGAGUAAAUCCCAUGCUUUCUGCAGCCUGUAGUCGUUCUGACCCCUUGGAACAACCACCCCGUGACUUGUGUGUGGUUUCGCAGGGAAAGGGGCUGGCUUCUAGGUUCCCGAGAUAAGUUUGCAGGGGGCUGGGCCAGGGCCAGGCUAAGGGUGGCUCAGUUCCAUCAUCUAGAGCUCAGACACUCUGCCCAGAGGCAGAACUGAAGCCCUCUCAGCCCCUACCCUAAGCCAGCCACCCCUCUUCACAGUGGGUGGACUGGGCUGGGCCCGCCGGGCUGACUGGCAUGAGGCCAAGGGGCAGGCCUGAGCGCCAGAGUCACCCAGGUUAGCCCACAGGAUUCCUUUGUGUGCCAUGGAAUGCCGAAAGAUGGGUGACUGGGGACCCUUCUUAAAACCCUUGGCAAGGGUGCCAUCGGCACAGCUUGGCCCCAUGAAGUCUCGGGUCCAUGUUCCCACGGGGCGCACAUGCUUACAGAGUCCUCAGCAGGGUGGCCGAGGCCAGGCCUCUUCUGCUGAGGAGGGUGCAGGCUGGGGUGUGGGUGUGGCCGGGGGUGGCUCAGGGCUGGAACUGCUGCCUGAUUCAGUGGCCGUUGGCUGCCACUGACAAGGAUUUCACAUGCAGAAGAGAAAAGGUCCCCCUCUGCCCCCCAGAUUCCCUGCCGAGUGAGUGCCAGUGUGUGCUGCCCUUGCUGGGGACAGGUAGGAAACCCUGAGCUUCCUGAUGCAGUCAUGAAGCAGUGUCCUUGGGAAGGCGUCUCCAGAGCUCCGGGCCCUCCGCCUAACGCCCUCCGUCUCAGUCAGAUAAAGGCUUCAAGAGAAUAAAGAGCCAGCCCCCUUCCAUUUAGGCUCCUGCCAUUUCCCAAACAGUUCUCCAACAGUUAGACAUUGAGGGGCUUCACUGUUAGCAGGCAUGUAACAGAAGGAAGACUAAUACACACCCCUGCCCUGUCCCAUCCCCCUCCCCCGAGCCAGUUUCUUGCUGUGCUCUCUGGUGCCCUUGAGUUGGUCUCCCUGGCUGCUCUGCGGGGGCUUCACUGGCUUUGGGGUGAAUGCGAAGUGCUGGUGAGCAGUGGGCCUGUGACUGGAUAGGAAGAUAUGCAUCCGUGGUCAAAAGUCACCUGCCAGCCCUGCGGAGACAGAGCCUCAGGCCGGGAUGGGAAGGCCCCCCUACUCCCAUCUGGAUGGUGGGCACGGCCUGGCUUAUACCAAAGGCAUUGACGGUUUCUCCAAGUAGGGAUCUGCAAAGCUUGAAUUGUCAAGAUGGAUGUGAAUCUUACAUUCCUUUUCAUCAUUUCCUAUGUAAAAAUGAAGAGUGCUGGGUUUUUGUUUUAAGAAGCAUUAUGAAGGCCAGACGUACUCAUUUUUAUCCUGCAAGUGAGCUGGGAGAGGCCCCUGUUAGGCCCGUUUCCUGAGCAGUGCUGUGCUGCUCUUCUUGAUGGGGCUUCGGGCUGGGGGGGGGGAAAGCGGGUCAGAGGUGGGGGGGCCUGUGGCUGCCAUGCGGGAGCCCCUGCACCGUCUUGGGCUCUUUAAGGGAGUCAGGAAUAGAUGUGUGAACAGUUGUGUCACUGGAUGCCUAUUUAGAAAUAAAGUGUAUGCUGCUGAAUCGGA